AUGUGGCUGCAGAUCUUACUUUUCCUUGGCAUUGUGGUCCGUAGCUUUUCUGCACCCACUCGCUCACCCGCCCUUGUCACCCGGCCUUGGAAGCAUGUCGAUGCCAUCAAAGAAGCCCUGAGCCUCCUGAAUGACACCCCUACCAUGGAGGUGAGUGAGGGAGAGAAUGUAGACAUUGUUUCUGAAGAGUUCUCCAUCCAGAGGCCAACAUGUGUGCAGACCCGCUUGAAGGUGUACGAGCAGGGCCUCCGGGGCAACCUCACCAAACUCAGGGGCGCCUUGAAGAUGAUGGCCAGUCACUACGAGAAGAACUGCCCCCCAACCCCGGAAACUGACUGUGACACCCAAAUCACCACAUAUGAGGAUUUCAUAGACAACCUUAAAGGCUUUCUCUUUGACAUCCCCUUUGACUGCUGGAAACCAGUCCAGAAAUGAGGCGGCCCCGGCCAGCUCUGGAUCCAACUUCUCAGACUGCUGCUUUCGCUCCUGCCAAAUGAGCCAGGAACUCAGGAGUUCUGCCUUGAAGGGACCAACAGUGGGCCACGGCCACUGCGGGAGCAGUACAGACCUCUGAAAAUGCUGAC